AUGGUUGCAUUAGCUGAUACAACAACGGAUGAAAUAUUAAAUGAUAUUUUAUGUUACGAAGAAGAUGAUAACUACAAAGAAAUGAAAGAACAAUGGUUUUUCAAUGAUACCAAUGUGUAUAAAAUAAAACUUGGGGUUUCACGGGAAACUGAUAGAAUCUUAAAAUUAUUAACAGAUAAACGAACGGCAAUUGCAUCGACCAUUGUCGUAUUUAUUGUUAUUUGA